CGAAUGUGUGUUAUUUAGAGAAGGCCAGAUUACAUUAGAUCGGGGUCGUGGGUCACAAAAUUAAAAACCUUCAAAAUCGAAACACAUGUUGCUGAUUUUAGAUUAUGAUAUUCAUUUGACCAUAAAUCUACAAGCGUCUUAAGAUGGCAGAUGGUUUUGACGACGACUUAUUUAAUGUGUUUGAUGGAGCUGAAACCAAACAGCAACAGAGUACACCAAAAGGGAAAGACGUCCCGAAAUCGGAUAUUGCGAGGACAGAGGAACUGCUGCAGAGUAUUGUAAGUAAUAAGCGAGCGGCCGAGGAAAAUGAAGAGGAAGAAGAACACCAACCAAAAAAACAGAAAGCGGAGGACACAGGACAGACAGAAAUCAUGUCCAGAAUCCAGGUUCACAGAGUGGAGACGGUGGAGGCCUGCCUACACGAGGUGGCUAUCCCCCCAGAGGCAGAAUUUGUUCCCCUGAAGCCUAUGAUGGAGAAACCAGCCAAGGAGUACCCAUUUAUUCUGGAUCCUUUCCAGAAAGAGGCUCUGCUGUGUCUGGAGAACAACCAGUCUGUCCUUGUGUCGGCCCACACAUCAGCCGGCAAAACAGUGGUGGCUGUGUACGCUAUAGCGAUGUCUCUGAGGGACAAACAGCGGGUCAUCUACACGUCCCCCAUCAAAGCACUCAGUAACCAGAAAUACCGGGAGCUGUACGAAGAGUUCCAGGAUGUAGGUCUGAUGACGGGAGACGUAACAAUAAAUCCCACCGCCAGCUGUCUUGUCAUGACAACAGAGAUUCUGAGGAGCAUGCUGUACAGGGGAUCAGAGAUUAUGAGGGAGGUGGGCUGGGUCAUAUUCGAUGAGAUCCACUACAUGCGAGAUAAAGAGAGGGGUGUGGUGUGGGAGGAGACCAUCAUUCUACUUCCUGAUAACGUCCAUUACGUGUUCCUGUCGGCCACCAUCCCUAACGCCAGACAAUUCGCCGAAUGGAUCUGCCACCUCCACCAUCAGCCCUGUCAUGUGGUAUACACAGACUAUCGACCCACUCCUUUACAACAUUACAUCUUCCCAGCAGGGAGUAACGGGAUUUAUAUGGUGGUUGAUGAAAACGGAGAAUUCCGGGAAGAAAACUUCAGCACUGCCAUGUCUGUGUUGAGGGACGCUGGUGGGGCUGCCAAGGGGGAUCAGAGGGGCCGCAGAGGGGGGUUUAAAGCCGCUGAAUCCAACUGUUUUAACAUUGUGAAGAUGAUAAUGGAGAGGAACUUUGCCCCGGUGAUUGUGUUUAGCUUCAGUAAGAAGGACUGUGAAGCCUAUGCCUUACAGAUGUCUAAACUGAACUUUAACUCAGAGGAAGAAAAAGCUCUGGUGGAUGAAGUGUUCAAUAAUGCUAUAGACAACCUGUCUGACGAUGACAAAAAACUACCACAGGUGGAGCAUGUUCUCCCCUUACUGAGGAAGGGCAUCGGAGUCCAUCACUCAGGACUGCUGCCUCUGUUAAAGGAGACCAUUGAAAUUCUGUUCUCUGAGGGACUUAUAAAGGCCCUUUUUGCUACAGAGACGUUUUCUAUGGGACUUAACAUGCCGGCAAGGACUGUUCUCUUUACAGCUGCUCGAAAGUUUGAUGGCAAAGAUUUCAGAUGGGUGACGUCAGGUGAAUACAUACAGAUGAGUGGGCGAGCCGGUCGCCGUGGUAUUGAUGAUAGAGGAAUCGUCAUACUGAUGGUGGACGAAAAGAUCAGUCCGUCAGUCGGGAAACAAAUUGUCAAGGGCCAAGCUGACCCUUUGAACUCGGCGUUCCACUUGACUUACAACAUGGUGCUCAAUCUAUUACGAGUGGAGGAAAUCAACCCAGAGUACAUGUUGGAACGGUCCUUUUAUCAGUUCCAGAACUACGCCUCGAUACCUGAACUGUGCGAGAAGCUCAAAGACACAGAAGAGAAGUACAAUAAACUAACAGUAGAAAACGAGGACAGUGUGGCCUCCUAUUACAAAAUCAGACAACAGCUGGACAACCUGGGCAAGGAAUUGCUGACCUUCAUACAGAAACCACAGUACAUCUUGCCCUUCCUACAGCCUGGGCGUCUUGUACAGGUGAAAAAUGAAAAAGAUGAAUUUGGGUGGGGAGCAGUCAUUAACUUUCAGAAGAAAGCAAAUCAGAGCAAAACACCCUCGGGGGCAGAAUCCUCUUAUGUGGUAGAAGUAUUGCUGAACUUGUCGCGGGAAACAUCCCGAAGUAAAGACGUCAACACUAUAAAACCGUGCCCUAAAGGUGAAAAGGGAGAGAUGCAGGUUGUUCCAGUUCUUGUCCAUUUGAUCCAAGCCAUCAGUGCAGUAAGGUUAUACAUCCCCAGUGACCUCCGACCCCCAGAUAAUCGUCAGAGUGUACUCAAAUCAAUACAGGAAGUUGAGAAACGUUUUCCUGAUGGAAUUCCCCUACUGGAUCCAAUAGAGGAUAUGGGAAUUAAGGAGAAAGGUCUCAAGGACAUUGUCAAGAAAACCGAGGCAUUUGAACACAGAAUGUACUCCCAUCCUCUUCACAAAGACAGCAACUUGGAGAAUCUGUAUACACAGUACCAGAGUAAAGCCCAGGUUGGAAAUGAGAUCAGGGCAAUAAAAUCAGAACUCAAGAAAAAGAAGUCACUGCUGCAAAUGGAUGAGUUAAAAUGUCGUAAGAGAGUGCUGCGUCGGAUGGGAUACUGCACUGCCUCGGACGUGAUAGAACUUAAGGGCAGAGUGGCGUGUGAAAUCAGCAGUGGGGAUGAGCUGCUAUUAACGGAACUGUUAUUCAACGGAGUGUUCAACGACCUGACCCACCAGCAGUGCUGCGCCCUGGUGUCGUGUUUCGUGUUCCAGGAGAAUGCGGGCUCAGAAACGCCGAAGCUGACCGAGGAGCUCUCAGGACCCCUCAGGAUCAUGCAGGAUACAGCUCGCCGAAUAGCACGGGUAAGUAUUGAGGCCAAGCUAGAGAUGAAUGAGGAAGACUACGUCUCCACGUUUAAACCUCACAUGAUGGACGUCGUCAAUGCUUGGUGUAACGGUGCCACCUUCUCACAGAUCUGCAAAAUGACCAACAUAUUUGAGGGUAGCAUCAUCCGCUGUAUGAGGCGACUGGAAGAGACUCUCCGUCAGUUGAUGCAGGCUGCUAAAGCCAUUGGAAAUUCUGAGCUUGAAAACAAAUUUGCUGAAGGAAUACGAAGCAUCAAGAGAGACAUUGUAUUUGCUGCCAGUUUGUACCUGUAGUGAAUCAGUCAGCAUUGAAUGGAACCUCAACAGCUAUCAAAGCAACAUGAACUUUUGGCUCUCUAGUUUCACUGAUAUAAGACAUUUUUUGUUUUGUUUUAUGAAAUAUGUACAUAUUUUUAUCAUUUCAUAAACCUGUACAUUGUACAUAAGUGUUAUGUACAAGAUCCUCAUUAAAGUGACUCACCUCU